AUGUGGUCAGGAAAUGAUCGAGGAGGACUAGGACCAACAACUGGUGAACCAGUAUUUGAUUUAUACAAAAAUAACAGCAAAUUGACUCCUGAACAAAUGAUUUGGUUAAACAGCCGUCUUACACCACGAGAAAGGACUGAAAUACAAAGUUUGGCUUCGAGUAGUCUUUACGAGGUUAAUCUAUCGAGAGGAUUACCUUGUGCAUUUGCGACUAUUGCAGGCCUUUUCUUGCUCAAAAAAAGGAGAAUUGUUAAUUGGAGUCCAAUAACUAGUGGAUUAAUUUUUGGAACUCACUCCAGAAACGAAGCUACAGGUGGUAGACCGAAAGAUCGUGGGCGUUUGACUUAUGCUCAAAUACGGGAAGCACAUCGAAGUGGUCGGCCAAUCGAAUUGUUACAAGAGCAUCCUUCUGAAGAUAAAUUGCUUGGAGAAGAAAGAAACCAAGACUUAUUAUAUGGUGACAAAAAAGAGCAAACUUAUGUCAAACCAAAUAUGCCUUCUUAUUUUGGUUCAGAUGCUCCAUCAGACAGUUAUAUGUCUGGUACACCACGAGGGUUAAACGAAGAAAGUGGAGACUAUGGGGCAAGUAAUGAACGUUGGAAAUAA